AUGUUGCCGAAUUGGCUUUAUAAACAAGUUUUUCCACGUAGUAAUCGGAUUGUUCCAUCAAAAAAACGGGUAAAUAUUGCGUUAAAUCAUUUGACGCAACAAGGGCUGUUGGGCAAAGAGACGGAAAAUUUUCUACCUCUGACUUCUUUUCAACUACCAAAACUGUGUGGAAAUACGAUAGCAGAACAUUUUUGGAACAUCGGUGAAAAACAGGCACGUUCUUGUAAAGAGUUAGCAAAAGCUUUCACUAUUUCGGAACUUCCUGAUAUCCCGCCUGAGGAAGCAUGGAAAUUUAUAGCUGGAUGGACACGUUAUGAAAAAGGCAAGCAACCCAAAGCGGUAGAUUUUCCUGAAGAUGAUGCCUUAUGUUUUGACGUAGAAACUUUACUCGAUGAUAGUGAUUACGCACUGAUAGCAUGUGCUGCUUCACCAAAAGCAUGGUAUACUUGGAUUUCACCACGACUUAUUAAACACAGAAGCGCGGCUCACAGUUCGUUAGUGCAGCAUACAGAGACCUGUGAGCUUGUCAACGAUGAAAUGGACAAACUAAAACGCCAAGAGCAAGAUGAAAAAUACAAAUCUAAAAUACGUGAGGUGGGUUAUUUGAUUCCUAUGGGGAAUAUAGGUAAAGACCGGAUCAUAGUAGGACAUAAUGUUGGUUUCGAUCGUGCGCGAAUAAAAGAAGAAUAUCAUCGUGAUAGAUCUUGCAAUAAUUAUAUAGAUACCAUGUCUUUACAUAUAGCAGUAAGUGGACUCUGCACUCAACAGCGUCCCACCUGGAUCAAGUAUAAUAAAGCUACUGAGGAAAAUAAUAAAGAUUAUUUGGAAAGUUCCAAAGAUUUUCAGGCUAUUUAUGAUGUUAGUUCGAUAAACAAUCUUAGAAAUGUAUACAAAUUCCAUUGUCAAGGAGAAUUAGACAAAUGUAUGAGAAAUUAUUUCGUGAAUGGUUCUUUGGAAGAAAUUGUAAAGCCCGAAGUUUUUCAAAAGCUGGUAUCUUAUUGUGCUAGUGAUGUACUCGCAACGCAUGCAGUGUUCAAAAAGGUAUUUCCACGAUUUUUAGAAGUUUGUCCCCAUCCUGUAUCAUUUGCCGGGAUGAUUUGUAUGGGUAAUAUGUUCCUGCCAACAUCAAAGGAUUGGGAUCACUAUAUUGAGAAAGCGGAGUCAGUAUAUCAAGAACAGAGUAAAUCAAUUGAAAAAAGCUUACAAGAUCUUGCAUUGGCAGCAGUAAAGUUGUGGAGAGAUGAUCCGCAAUCGAUAAUCGAUAAUCCAUGGUUAAAGCAAUUAGAUUGGUCAACACCGUCACCACGUGCUAAAAAGCUUAAAGGAUACCCAAAUUGGUAUCGAAAUAUUUAUAAUUCUAGGACAGAAAGUUUAAAAAUUACACCAAGAAAUAGGAUUUCACCUUUUUUAUUAAGAUUAAAGUGGCAAGGUUACCCAUUAUUUUAUUCCAAGAAAUACGGAUGGAUGUAUCGAGUACCUAAAAGUGAUGAGUACCGGACAAAGGCAAAUCCAUGCAAGUUUGAUAAACCCGUAGAUGAGAAAAUACUUUCUAACGGACCUCUCACAAAUGAAUUACAUUAUAAUGUGUUUAAAGAAGAGCUAAAUAAAAUGGAUGUUAAUGAGGAAGCGCCUGUAGCUGAAGACCAUGAGGAGCAAUACGCUAAUGAUGUGAACGGAAUAUAUUACCGGAUUCCACAUAAAGAUGGUGAGAAUUCUCGCUGUGCGACACCAUUAUCGAAGCAAUAUAUAACCGCUUUCGAAAAAGGGAUUUUGUCUUCUGAAUAUGAAGAAGCUAAAGCAGCAUUAAACAUGAAUGCGACAUGUUCAUAUUGGAUUGGUUCUAGAGAACGGAUAAAAAGUCAGAUGGUUGUAUAUAACGAUCAUCCAGAGAUUCAAGAUAUGGGAUUUCAAUCAGAUAAUGGAAAGAGUAUUGGAAUGAUCUUACCGCAGACUUUAACGAUGGGAACGAUCACUCGUCGCGCUGUGGAAAAAACAUGGAUGACAGCAAGUAAUGCAAAGGAGAAUCGUAUCGGCUCCGAACUUAAAACGAAAAUUCAAGCCCCAAAAGGAUAUAAGAUUGUUGGUGCGGACGUCGACUCUGAAGAAUUAUGGAUUGCCAGUUUGAUUGGUGAUUCACAAUUUGGAUUCCAUGGCGCAACUGCUUUGGGAUGGAUGAUGCUUCAAGGAAACAAGGCUGCCGGAACGGAUUUGCAUUCGAGGACAGCAAAGAUUUUGAAAAUUUCGCGGUCAGAUGCGAAGGUAUUUAAUUAUGGUAGGAUAUACGGUGCGGGGCUUAAAUUUUCCGCACAAUUACUUAGACAAUUUAAUGAAAACAUUGAAGAAAGUGAAGCUAUUGAACGGGUAACCGAAUUAUACAGCAAGACUAAAGGCAAAAAAUUCUUCACUAAAAAUAUUAAUGCUAAUGAUUUUCCUAGAAAGACGUUUUGGUACGGUGGUAGUGAAAGUUAUAUGUUUAAUAGUCUUGAAGGGAUUGCAACUGCUGAGGCACCUCGAACACCAGUUCUUAAAUGUGGCAUAACUGACGCAUUGAAGAGAAAGGUAGUCGAUGAAAACUAUAUGACAUCACGAGUUAAUUGGGUCAUACAAUCAUCAGGGGUUGAUUACCUUCAUUUGCUUCUAGUCUCUAUGCAGUAUUUAUUGAAAAAAUAUAAAAUAGAUGGGCGUUUUAUGCUAUCAGUCCAUGAUGAGGUAAGGUUUCUUGUAAAAGAGAGUGACGCUUAUCGAGCAGCAUUGGCGCUCCAAAUCAGCAAUUUAUGGACAAGAACGAUGUUUAGCUACAUGUUGGGAAUUAAUGAUUUACCAUUGUCCGUUGGUUUUUUUUCGGCUGUUGAUAUUGACCACGUUCUUCGCAAAGAAGUUGAAAUGAAUUGUAAAACACUUUCGAACAAUAUUGAAAUAGAGGAAGGUAGAAGCAUAACAAUUCAUGAACUUCUUAAAUAUCAACGAUCGUUACAGUUCGAUGAGACCAGUCAGGACAAUUACAACAAUAAUGAUAUACAAGAGCCAAAUAUACCAAACAGCUUAUUGAUUCCACAUUCAAGACCGGAUGAUGACUUCUUCUUAUACAUUCAAUGCUUAUCGGAUGAGAAAAAGAUUAAAUCUAUAAUUUACA